CUAAACAGAGAGCGUACGCAACUGUUUGUCUCUCUACGUACCGUGCACGUGUUUGUGUCUGCAAAUGUGUGUGCGCUAGCAUGUGUGUGCGUGUUCGUGCUCUGGAGAUGUUUGCUUACUCUGCACGAGCUCUGGUCCCAGCGUCCUUUACUCGCCUCACAGAGCCUAAGAGCUCUCGCCGGCUCCACUACUGAGGGGUCUGUCUCUGAAACCCCAACCAACCCUGAAAAGACACAGACAGAAAAGUGAGAGAGCCACGCGCAGAAAUAAGAACCCGGUCUAAAGUUUAAAACCGAGCCAGAUGCAAAGGUAAGGUGUGUGUGUGACGGUGCAUGUGCGUCUGCCUGAUGGCAGACGUGGGUCUCAAGUUACUCCGGAGGCAUAAGAUUACUGAAAGAGAGAGAGCUUUAACACAGCACAAGGGUGUGCAGAAAUCUGAUUGUAACGCAGACUGAGAAGGGGAGAACAAGUCAGAGAGCGACACAGGAACAGACGAGAAGUGAGAUAGAGGAGCUCAACCUGGAAGCGAACGGUGGUAGAAAGAUCAUCCUGUCCCGGAGUUUCUCCACGAUCAGGUGACAGAGUCUUGGGAUUCAGGGCCUCUGCUACAAAAGAAGCCAGGGUAAGCCAGCAUCUUCCCUCAACUCUUCGCACUUUGGUGGGCUGGCUGGCUGGCUCGUGCUCUUGGCUGCCCGUCAAUCAUCAUCCUGGGUUAGGAGCCCGAGGGAGGCCCCAGGGAGGGGAGGGAGGCCAUGGAGGUUCCACUAGUCAACUUUGAGAACUUGGAUGACAUCGGAAUCAACUUGGGAGACCCGAGCGACUCGGGAUAUCCGACCUCACCCACCUCAGAUUCCCCAGAACCCAACCAGGGCGUACAUUCCCCAACACACUCGCCCCAAAGAGGACGACAUCCGAGGCGCACGGCGACGUCUCCCCCAACGCUCAGCAAGAAAGGAACGUCAAGUUGCAACAGUCUGAUUUCCAACUGGAAGGUCCUGAUGAGCAGCGAGGGAAAUGAGGCUCUCUUAGGAAAAGUAGCCAAGGAUUGUUGCGACGACUAUUUCGGGGAAAAGGAGAAAUUUGAGGAGGGCGAACAAAAAGUGGUCAUCAACGUUUCGGGGAUGAUGUACGAGACCACGCUCAAAACUCUGAAUCAGUUCCCGGACACGCUGCUCGGGGACCCAAUGUUGCGGAUUAAUUAUUUUGACCCCAUGAGAAAUGAAUAUUUUUUUGAUCGUAAUCGCCCCAGCUUUGACGGAAUCUUGUAUUUCUAUCAGUCCGGGGGUAAGAUCCGAAGGCCGGCGAAUGUGCCAUUGGAUGUUUUUGCAGAUGAGAUGGUGUUCUAUCGACUGGGGCAUGAGGUCAUGGAACAGUUCAGGGAGGAUGAAGGUUUCACUAAAGACCCUGAACCUCAACUACCGACCAGUGAGCUUCACCGUCAAUUCUGGCUUCUCUUUGAGUACCCGGAGAGCUCCAGUGCGGCCAGGUCAGUGGCCCUAGUAUCUGUUUUUGUCAUCACUAUAUCGAUUUGCAUCUUCUGCCUGGAGACACUCCCGGAGUUCCGCGACGAGCGGGAAUUCAUGCAGGCGAUCGUCAACUUAACCCGUGACGCCAACGGUACGCUCCUGUCCCCUACAGGUUCUCCUUACACCCACAUCUCUGUCUUUACCGACCCCUUCUUUGUGGUUGAGACUAUCUGUAUAAUCUGGUUCUGCUUUGAGCUCGGAGUGCGUUUCGUGGUGUGCCCCAGCAAGAGUGAGUUUUUCGGCAACAUCAUGAACGUAAUUGACAUUGUUUCCAUUAUGCCCUACUUCAUUACCGUCAUAACGGAACUGAUGGCCACCCAUCAGGAAGAUCCCGCUGCCAACCAGAACAUGUCUCUGGCCACCCUGCGCGUCAUUCGAUUAGUGAGGGUUUUCAGGAUCUUUAAGCUGUCCCGACAUUCCAAGGGCCUCCAGAUUCUCGGCCAAACCCUGAAGGCCAGCAUGAGGGAGCUGGGCUUGCUUAUUUUUUUCCUCUUCAUUGGCGUCAUCCUCUUCUCCAGUGCCAUUUACUUUGCUGAAGUUGACGAACCUGAUACGCAGUUCGUGAGCAUACCGGAGGGAUUCUGGUGGGCUGUGGUGACCAUGACAACGGUCGGCUACGGCGACAUGUGCCCUAUCACGUUGGGAGGGAAAAUGGUUGGGAUCCUCUGUGCCAUCGCCGGCGUGCUCACUAUCGCACUUCCAGUUCCCGUCAUCGUCUCCAACUUCAAUUACUUCUACCAUCGGGAAACGGCGCAGGCGGAGAAACUGAUGAUGGACGUCGCCGCUGAAGCUGCGGCAAACCAGAAAAGCGGAUCCGAGGAGAAAUCUGAAAGCAGUUACUCACUGGACAAGAGCAACGGGAACUGGCAAACAGGGAAAAAUGGCAUUUCUUAAGGAUUGAUAUAUUAAGCAUGACCAGCAAUAAGAAGACUGUACAACGAUGCACUUACAGACUCUGUUUCCUUAAUUAUUGUUUGACAAUUUAGCUUAAUUUUAAAUAUACACCCAAUGCUAUGCAUAUACCAACAAUCUAUGCAGAAACUGCUUUUAACGGGGAAACCUGAAAUUGAAAGCUUUUUUAGCCAAAGGCUGCUAAAAACAUCUGACUAUACAGCUCAAAAGCACUACUUAAAUUGAUUAAAAGGAACGAAACAACUGUUUGCAAGCAUCCCUUUAAGGCUUAACAGUAAUACAAACUGAAAUAUACUGAACUAAUCCUAAAACGGAAUUGUCAUCUUUCGUGAGGCAAACGGCUGCGUUUGACUAAGGUCAAAACAAGCAUUUAAUUAAUUGCGAUUAAGUGCCUGUGUUGCCAAGUCCCUCACACUAAUGCCGGGGAAUCAUGAUUCUGCACUCCAAGCAUCCGCCCGGCACCACCGCCCGGCACCACCUUUUGCUGACGUUGUCGUUCCUGUCGAGUUUUUGCACUCACAUCACCUUUUGUCUCUACUGCUUGCGAGAGAAAAAGCUUAUGCCAAACUGUUAUCCAUCUUUCAAUGUCACCAAGUGACGCGUCUAACAGCCCUGGUCGUUGUCACACUUUAUCAGACCUGUUUGGAAUUUAACUACAGUAUCUUACGCAUGAGUUAUAUUUGGAUAACCCACAGUGCUUUGCGGUGUCUGCUCGAUGUCCCACAUCUCUUCACUGCUGUUGCUAUUCUUAUCAACACAACAUAAAGAAUAAGAAAGUAUGCACUGUAGGUCUUCCGAGUAAUAUUUUCAAACUGUUUUGCAACUUCAGUUUUCUCAUGCAACGUUGUAUAUUGUCUCUCAUUGCACCGAUCAUACAGACUCAAACUUCCACUGACGAAGGAGAUUAUGAGAGACUGAAGAUAUAGAUUGCAUCCAGCAGGAUACAGCACUUAUGUCAUUAACUAAAAGGUUUUAUUGGCCUAGAUGCAGCCCUAUUCAUUAUGCACACGGAUGGGCGUGGCUGGAAAACGCACAAAACGUUUUGAAGUUAUGCAUGAAUUCACUUGAGUUAAGACCACUGAGCACAAAAAAAAAACUUACAUUUGGGUUGUUGUUGUUUCUGUUGGUGGAGGCAACAAGUGUUAUUAAGAAGAUAUUUUUCACGUAUAUUAUCACUUUCAUUAAGCUGACUUGACAAGCCAUUAAUCAGAGAGCAUGGUUGCACAGCGCAUGUAAUGAAACCAUUUAACGGUCAGCCAUUGCAACAAAUGGAGCGUAUCAUCAACUCCAGCCUAAACAUUAUUUUCAAAAUAAUGAAUUUAAUCCUAGACUAGGAUAAAUUAAGCAAAAUAAAGGCAUAUCUGAAAUAUUCUUAAAUGAUUUGAAAGCAAUUGCAGAUAAGGUUUUAUUUUUGCAGGCAUGCAAAGAUCGAGAUAUUUAUUUUUUUAAUAUGAGACAUGAUCUACAGCUUUGACAACACUUUUUCUCUAUGGAAGGAGUUAACUCCUAAAACCCUUUUUUAUUUUCUUAAUGAUUCCAUUGCAGGAAUUUGGGUUUCAGAGAUUUUCUCCUUCUUUAUUUGCAAAACAUAUUGCACGUCUGCUUUUUUUUGUAAAAAGCAUAGGUGUAAAAAUAUAACGAACAAAUAUUUUUUUCCAAAGCAAAUUUGGAUCAUAGCGUUUGAGCACUAAAGCAAAGCAAUACAGCACUUUUCAGGGAAGCUGGAAUAUGUUUUCCAUUAAGCUUGAAAAUCAAUUAUGCCAGCAGCAUUUUUCAGACACCUUAGGUAUAAUUGCAGAAUAGAUCUUGAAAUGCUUUUAUCAUGCUACUGUAACUUUUAAAAGAUGAAAAAUGCAUGAAAACUGAUAUUUAUGAGUUUGACAAAAUGAUAAUGCUUUGACUUGGAAGUAGAAAUAUUUAAAGCUGUCCUCCAUUGCGUCAAUGGAAAAUCUUACGUAUAUUCCCUUAUGCAUGUGUAUUUUAUAUCAUAUUAUAGUGAAAUAUUGAUAAAAAAUAGGUGAAUGUCAUUUGCAAAGAUUCUUACGAGUUCUGUUUUGAUUUUAUACAACUGUCCACACCGACAAAGGUGACGAUGCCAGUGUUAUGAGGUCAUGAUGGCAUUUAGCAUCUCAUGAAUGUUUGCUAUGGCUGUAUGAUAGAUUUUGAUUGUUUAAGCACUAUAUUUUAUUCAUGAUAUUCUGAGUGCCUUUUAUUAAAUACAUAUACCAUUUUAUGCCUCCAUAUUAAUGUGUUUUGACAAGGCUCACAGAUAACAUAUUUGGUAACUAUGUGGCACAUACAAAACUAAAUAAAGACGUCCUAUACGUAAGAAUUUAUUAGGCCAAUAAUUCAUCAUACAGGUCAGAGAC